AUGAUGUGAGCAAGUUUUCGUCGGCUGUAGCCCCGUCUGCCUGUGCGGACCAACGAUUAAACUUGCUCACUGCAUUGCAGGGAGUCGGCUGUAGCUGCGAAUACGAUGACACAUGAUGAAAGCCUUGCGCCUUGCGUAAAUAACCUUGCUUACAAGAAGAGACGAACCCGGGUUGUGUAUUUGGUAACAUGAUAUAUCAACGUGACACUGCAGCCCAGUUUUGCGACAGGCUAGGCUUUGGGCGUCCUUACACGCCAAACACUAUACCUGCGAUGUUUUGGUUGUUAACAGCUGCCGCUGCUUCAGUAGCAGCCUUGGCUUACGCCGUUGAAUUGCUCUUCUAUCCUCUGCCUCAUGUCAGGGGCAUACCGACGGUACCCUUCUGGGUCGCGUUGUUGCCGCUUGUCAAGGAUAUCGACCAAAUGGAUGUCUUCAAAGCAUACAUAGAAGGGCCCUUGAGGAAAUACGGGGCUGUUAAAAUAUUCUUUGCGUCUCAGUGGAAUAUUAUCAUUCAUCAUCCAAGAUAUCUUGCGGAGGUACUCAAGCACACCAACAUCUAUGAGAAGAGCGGCAACGAUGAGAAAAUUCCGCAUAGCGUGCUUGCCUCUCUGUUAGGAAACAAUAUUAUUUCUGGCAGGGGAGAUACAUGGAAGACCUACCAGCGCAUCAUAAAGCCAGGACUGCAAGCCAGGCAAGAUCUUGGUCGUCUUCAAGAAAAUGCUACUAAGCUGCGCAACAUGAUACUUGCCCAGCUUGAAGAGUCUGGCGGUGCAAAGCUCCAUUCAAUCAUCCAGAAACACACUAUCAAUAACUUUACAGCUAUCUUCUAUAACACUGAUACCAAGACAUCUGGAGUGCCUUUAGAUCAGAUGCAAACGCAAUUGAAGCGUGAAAUAUUCAAGCCUCUCUUCAUGAGUUUCCCUGUCCUUGACAGACUUGGGUUAUCAAGUCGAGAAAAUGCGCGUCGGCUUGCAUCGCAAUUCACAGACACCUUGAUAUCCUUGCUACGCACCGGCCCUGGUACGAGACUGACUCAAGACCUUUUGGAAGCAAGAGGCAAUGGCACUUUGACAGAGAAACAAUUUCGAGAUAAUGUUACAGUGCUGUUUGUAGCAGGACAGGAGAAUCCGCAGCUUGCCACGAUAUCCACGCUAUAUCUGCUCGCCAAGCACCCAGACAUACAACAGCAGCUGUACAAAGAAAUCGUAAACAACGACACGUUAAAUGGAGGAACGGAGAUUACAGAAGAAACUCUCCAAGCAAUGCCCUUGCUCACGGCGGUCGUAUUAGAGAGUAUCCGCCUCUUUCCCCCCAUCGGCCAGCUCAUUAACCGAAGGACAACGACAUCAGUAUGUCUCGGGGGUGACAUCUUUAUCCCUAAGGGUACAUAUAUCGGAUACAACUGCGUCUCGACAAAUCGCGACCUAGAGGCGUGGGGUGCUAAUGCAAACGACUUUGUUCCAAGCAGAUGGGGGCUUUCGUCAGAGGAGAUACGUCGAGAGUACAGGCAGCGCAAGGCGCGCGCAGAAUUCUUGUCGUUUCAUGGAGGACAAAGAGCUUGUCUUGGAGAAAAGUUUGCCUUGUCGCAGCUCAAGAUUACGCUCUGUGUGCUGGUGCGCAGUGUGCAGUGGGCGCUUGAUCCAGCUUGGCCAGAGAGGAUGACGCCGGCUGGACCCCUUUGUCCAAGCAAUUUGCAGUUGAAGUUUACAGCGCGGGCCUCAGGUAGUUAAGUCUAAUAUAUGCGAACGCUUGCAAUUUAUAACAUAAAAUUUUAAUAAGACAAACUUUUAUCAAACAAAUUUGUAUUAG